CUUCUUCAGCCUGCUGACAGCUGCUUGUCAGAGUCCAGAUGAAUGCCAAAGAGGAGCCUGGAGUGUUGGAGUAGAGUGUGAUGGUCUCCGGCUGAUACCCCUCACACAGUGUCCCUCACACUGGGACAUCACUGCUCCCUCCAGGACCCGAUGAUUACAGGGCAGCUGAGCAAGCCGCUGCUCUCCCUGCGCAGCGACAUGAGCGCAGCAGAACUCCGGGCGGACGACAAAGCGGCCACCCCAGACAGCGAUCUGAACGACGAGCCCCUGCUCCUGCCCUCCGAGGCCACGGACAGAGAGGGCACUCCAAACAAGCUGUACGGAGCUUGUGAUGGUUCGGUCCAGUCUGACACCAGCAGCAGUCCUUCUGAGCAGAGUCAUCUGGGCCAUUCCCACCCAGCGUUCUCCAUGGGUCAACAGUCUCUCCUGGUGGCCCAGCAGCUGGCCAAUGCAGUGGGCGGCGUGAUGUCGGGGGCGGCGCAGGGCAUGAACCAGCCCAUCCUCAUCCCCUUCAACGCAGGCGGACACCUGGGGGGGCAGCAGGGCCUCGUCCUCUCUCUGCCCACUGCCAACCUCCAGAGCCUGGUGGCUGCUGCUGCUGCGGGGGGGCUCAUGACGCUCCCGCUCCAGAACCUGCAAGGUAAGGAAGAGGGCAGACUGACUUCACAGAGGCAAAAACUAGUAUCAGUGCAGCUUAAAAGGUCCCGUAGGAGGCCUGAGGAGUGUGUAAACCCACUCCAACACCUGCAGCAGCUCCAGCAGAUGCAGCAGCACCACCACCAGCAGCAGCAGCAACAACAACAACAACAGCAACAGAUCCAACAGAUCCAACACCAUCACCAACAGACCCUCUCCCACAGCCACAACGUGCUGCAAUCCCAGCAUCACAUGACCCCGCCCAGCCAGCAGCAGACCUCAAUCCCCUCUCCGGGCUCCACCUGCUCCUCCACCUCUGGACACCAGCAGCACUCCCCACCCCACCGGCCCAACCACUCCCCGGCCCGCAGCCUUCCUUCGCCCGUCACCCCACCCAUGCCUCUGUCGCUGAACCCAUUGGCCAGCCAGGUGGCGGUAGCGGCGGCAGCAGCAGCCAUGGGAUCCAUGGCCGGGUCUCAAGUGUUCGGCAACGCCCUGUCAAACCUGCAAGGAGCCACCGGACAGCUGGUCACCAACGCACAAGGACAGAUAAUUGGAACAAUCCCACUGAUGCCCAACUCUGCAGGGCCCUCCAGCCAAUCAGGGGGUGGCAACCCAGCACUGCAGGUACAGCCAAUUACACCUCAGCUUCUGACCAACGCUCAAGGCCAGAUCAUCGCCACGGUGAUCGGCAAUCAGAUCCUGCCUGUCAUCAACACCCAGGGAAUCACGCUGUCACCAAUCAAGCCUGGACAGCAGGCUCAGCAGGGUCAGACAGGCCCUGUAUCGUCUCAGCCCAACCUGCUCCACAUGCCCCACAGACAGAGUCCUCUCCACCAGCAAACAUCCACAAAAGAAAAUCCCAUGACAGAAUCAGAGACGUCUUCUGAGAGAGAAGAUGAAAUGUCAUUUCAUUCGCCGGCCACAAACAAAAUGUACUCCAAUGUGGAGAUUCGCAAACAGCAUUUCUUUUUAUUUACCGCCCCCAGCGAGGUGGACGGGGUCAACCUGGAGGAGAUCCGUGAAUUCGCCAAAGCAUUCAAGAUCCGCCGCCUGUCCCUGGGCCUGACUCAGACUCAGGUGGGCCAGGCGCUGAGCGCGGCCGAGGGUCCGGCGUACAGCCAGUCUGCUAUCUGCAGACACACCAUCCUGAGAAGCCACUUUUUCCUACCACAGGAAGCCCAAGAGAACACAUUAGGUAGCAGUCUGACAGGCAAACUGAACCCUGGCCUUUUAUAUCCUGCCAGGUUUGAGAAGUUGGACAUCACCCCUAAAAGCGCCCAGAAGAUUAAGCCCGUUCUGGAGCGCUGGAUGGCCGAGGCUGAAGCCCGCCACCGGUCCGGCAUGCAGAACCUGACUGAGUUUAUCGGCAGCGAGCCUUCCAAAAAACGCAAGCGGAGGACCUCUUUCACCCCACAGGCGCUCGAGAUCCUCAACAGCCACUUUGAGAAGAACACACACCCCUCCGGACAGGAAAUGACGGAAAUAGCCGAGAAGCUGAACUAUGACCGGGAGGUGGUGCGGGUCUGGUUCUGUAACAAGAGACAAGCUUUGAAAAACACGGUAAAGCGUUUGAAAGGUCCGGAGCUGGGCCCGGCCGGAGCCAUGGACCCGCUGUCCGACUGUCUAGAGGAGCUGCCCAAAUGAACCACAGCUUAACAGUGGAGGGGAAGAGAGGCAGCCAUUAAUAACCAGAGGGAUGGACUCAUCUUGAACCGAACAAUGUUACAGAGUCACCUGGACGGACAGUGAUGAGUUUGCAAACAAAAACGAUGUGUUGUCAGUGUGAUUACCACAGCUAUGUAAAUGACCUUGGCGAAACCAAAAACAAGAAAAAAGAGAUUAAUAUCUGAGAAUUAUGUAAAAACAUACGGUGUGCUGUUUCAAAGAGUUUUAGAUUCUGGCCGUACAGACCAGACUAUCGCCCACAUUUUGGUUCCCACCAGGAGGGAUUUAGUAAAGAGAUCAUACCAAAUCAAAACACUAUUUACCAAAGUCUGUUGCAUCUGAGUACUAAGAAUAAUUUUGUAAUGUAAAUGUGCUCUAAAUUUCUACAUUUGUACUGGCAAAUCUAAGCUAUAUGUGUGAGGUUGAGUAUACAUUUUAUCUUUGUCUCGCUUACUUUUUUCUUCAUUGUUUGUAUGUAAAUAUCUGAAAAAAAAAAAAAAUGCUGUCAUCCAAGUGAAACCACACUGAUAAACGUUCUCUUUUUGGACAAAAAGAAAAUGCUGUUGAA